ACACAGCCCGUCUCCAUUUUCACUGGAAAUUUUCGGCGACGGAAAAUGCGUUAUUAUGACUAUUAUAAUUUCUUUCUCCCCGGACAGCACCCCAAUGAAAGCGCUUAUAACCCUGUACCGCUUUCAGCAUACAGAUAGGACUGCAGACAUUUAUUGAGAGCUGUAGAUUAUGUGACAGAUACCGCAGCGCCUUUAGAAAGCGGUACAGCUGCUGUAUUUUGUAUUCCAGUCACUGAGAUCUGCCGUAAGCAGAUCUGACAGCCUGGAUCAGCUGGGCGCUGUACGGGCCGAGAGGAAGGUGGUGAAUGGGAACGCCAGUAUCAACACUAGAGCGGUCUUUGCGGAGGGGGGAAACGCUCUUCAGCCCCAGUUUCUGCAACAGCGAGGAGCGCAGCUACAGACGCGAGAGAUCUUCACCCCGUUGAAAACCCCGAAGGCUGUCGACAAGGCAGUGUUUACGCAACCGAAAUCGUUUACAGUCAAGCGCUCUGUUGCCUCGAUGGAAGAAAGCUAGGUCUCAAGCAAGCCGCUUGAAGUGCUGUUUAUAAAUAUAUACUUUGUCUUCAGCACUAUACAGAAGCCACAGCAGUCCACAAAAAAACAAGCUGGGCAGCAGCGACGGCUGCGAAAUGAAGAUUUCUCUGACAUGGAAUUGCUCCUGAAGGUUUGGAAAAUGCCCGACUUGACUUAAAACGAAAACAUAUAGGCGUCAUUAGGGUGAGUUUAAAUGCGUUUUGCAGAGGGAAAGAGACUUGAUAUACGGGCUUUGAAGUGGGGCUCGCCUGUGCGUCACAGGUUUUAGGGGAAAUCGAUAGGUCUAGAACAAAACAGGGGCAAAAGAAAUCCUGAGAAGGGAAGAGGAUAUCUGAAGCAAUAUGGCUGGUGAGUGGGGUUGGGGGUGCCGAGAGGAGCUCGCCAAAGCCUCUGGAUGCUAGCUAUGGCAGAUGGCAACGUCUCUGAAGGCAUCAGCAGCAGUAUGAGUAACAAUAUCAAUAAUAAUAUCAAUCCGGACUCGUCCUCGGUGUACAUGUCCAAGAUGGAUGCAGUGAUCAUCCCUUACUCCGCAGACGUGCCCUGUGAUAGCAAUGGGCAGCGCAUGUGGUGGGCUUUUCUCGCCUCCUCCAUGGUGACUUUCUUCGGGGGUCUCUUCAUCAUCCUUCUCUGGAGGACUCUCAAGUACCUGUGGACUGUGUGCUGUCACUGCAACAUCAAACACAAGGAAGCACAGAAGAUUAACAGUAAUGCAGGUAAUCAAGCAGACGGGUCUGCCAAGGGUCCCGACGAGAAAGAGGAGACCCCAGCGAGCGAAGUGGGCUGGAUGACCUCUGUCAAAGACUGGGCUGGGGUCAUGAUAUCUGCACAGACAUUGACAGGCAGAGUUCUUGUUGUGUUAGUCUUUGCACUCAGCAUCGGAGCACUUGUAAUAUACUUCAUAGAUUCUUCUGACCCCAUAGAAUCCUGUCAGAAUUUCUACAAAGAUUUCACAUUACAGAUCGACAUGGCUUUCAACGUAUUCUUCUUGCUUUACUUCGGCCUGCGAUUCAUUGCAGCCAACGAUAAGCUGUGGUUCUGGCUGGAGGUGAACUCGGUGGUAGACUUCUUCACUGUCCCGCCAGUGUUUGUGUCUGUGUAUUUGAACAGAAGCUGGCUCGGUUUAAGGUUUCUAAGAGCCUUAAGACUGAUACAGUUCUCAGAAAUCUUACAGUUUCUGAAUAUCUUAAAAACAAGUAAUUCCAUCAAGCUUGUGAACCUGUUGUCUAUAUUCAUAAGUACAUGGCUAACAGCAGCUGGGUUCAUACAUUUGGUGGAAAACUCAGGGGACCCUUGGGAGAACUUCCAAAAUUCCCAACCACUUACUUAUUGGGAAUGUGUCUACUUGCUCAUGGUUACUAUGUCCACAGUGGGAUAUGGAGAUGUUUAUGCAAAAACCACCCUUGGGCGCCUUUUCAUGGUCUUCUUCAUCCUUGGUGGUUUGGCCAUGUUUGCCAGCUACGUCCCUGAAAUCAUAGAGUUAAUAGGAAACCGCAAGAAAUAUGGUGGUUCCUAUAGUGCGGUAAAUGGAAGAAAGCAUAUUGUGGUCUGUGGUCAUAUUACACUUGAAAGUGUAUCCAACUUCCUGAAAGACUUCCUGCACAAGGACAGGGAUGAUGUCAAUGUAGAAAUCGUUUUUCUCCAUAAUAUUUCCCCUAAUCUUGAGCUGGAAGCCUUAUUUAAACGACACUUUACUCAGGUGGAAUUUUAUCAAGGAUCUGUUCUCAACCCCCAUGACCUAGCCAGAGUGAAGAUAGAGUCAGCAGACGCCUGCCUAAUUCUGGCUAAUAAAUACUGUGCAGAUCCCGAUGCUGAAGAUGCAUCUAACAUCAUGAGGGUAAUCUCCAUCAAGAACUAUCAUCCAAAGAUACGAAUAAUCACGCAGAUGUUACAAUACCACAAUAAGGCCCAUCUGUUAAACAUUCCGAGCUGGAACUGGAAAGAAGGGGAUGAUGCAAUUUGCCUUGCUGAGCUGAAGCUGGGCUUCAUUGCGCAGAGCUGCCUGGCUCAAGGUCUCUCAACAAUGCUAGCCAACCUGUUCUCCAUGAGGUCAUUCAUCAAGAUUGAAGAGGACACCUGGCAGAAGUACUACCUUGAAGGAGUAGCCAAUGAAAUGUAUACAGAGUAUCUGUCUAGUGCCUUUGUGGGCUUGUCCUUUCCUACGGUUUGUGAACUGUGUUACGUGAAGCUGAAGCUGUUGUUGAUAGCCAUCGAAUACAAGUCUGAUAAAAGGGAGAGCAGAAGCCGAAAGCGCAUCCUUAUUAACCCUGGGAACCAUGUGAAGAUGCAAGAAGGUACCUUAGGAUUCUUUAUUGCCAGUGAUGCUAAAGAAGUGAAAAGGGCAUUUUUCUACUGCAAAGCUUGUCAUGAUGACAUCACAGAUCCCAAAAGGAUUAAAAAGUGUGGCUGCAAAAGGCUAAACGAUGACGUUAGACCGACUUACCAAAACCGGUCUUACAAAUUCAACAGCAGCGCUGCAGCUAAAGCUCUUCUCAGUGCAGUGCCCUUUGAAGACGUGGCUGAGCCCGUUCCUCUAGUUAAUAACCGCAAAGGGAGCCUGUACCUGCCCAGGCUCAGCCUGCUGAGCCCAGGUGACCCAGGCUGGGAGGCGCCCAGCAGGUUGCAGCGAGCGCGCAGCCUGCCUGUGAAGUACCGAUACCAUCCCAGUAGCUCCAUGGCGAAUCACAGCCCCUUCGAAGACGAGCAUCCAUCAACACUGUCACCUAAAAAAAAGCAGCGAAAUGGAGGCAUGCGAAAUUCACCCAACUGUUCACCCAAAAUGAUGAGACAUGAUCCUUUACUCAUCCCGGGAAAUGAGCAGAUCGAGAACAUGGAUGUCAGUGUGAAGAAGUACGACUCCACAGGGAUGUUUCACUGGUGCCCAUCCAAAGACAUAGAGAAGGUUAUCCUGACUCGAAGUGAAGCGGCCAUGACUGUUCUCAGUGGGCAUGUAGUUGUCUGUAUAUUUGGAGAUGUCAAAUCUGCUCUGGUGGGACUGAGGAACCUAGUGAUGCCUUUAAGAGCUAGUAAUUUCCAUUACCAUGAGCUGAAGCACAUUGUGUUUGUUGGCUCUUUGGAAUACCUUCGACGAGAGUGGGAAACACUGCAUAACUUCCCCAAGGUUUCCAUCUUGCCUGGUACGCCAUUAAGCCGGGCUGAUUUAAGGGCUGUCAACAUCAACCUCUGCGACAUGUGCGUUAUCCUGUCAGCCAAUCAGAACAAUAUCGAUGAUGCUUCGCUGCAGGACAAGGAAUGCAUCUUGGCGUCACUCAACAUCAAAUCUAUGCAGUUUGAUGACAGCAUUGGUGUCUUGCAGGCUAAUUCCCAAGGGUUCACCCCUCCUGGAAUGGAUCGGUCAUCUCCAGACAACAGUCCAGUCCAUGGCUUGGUCCGUCAAGCCUCUGUAACAACAGGGGCCAACAUCCCCAUAAUUACUGAACUAGCUAAACCUGGCAAACUACUGCCGUUGGUUUCACUCAGUCAGGAAAAAAACAGUGGAACCAACAUUCAAAUGAUAACUGAACUGGUGAAUGACUCCAAUGUUCAGUUCCUGGACCAAGACGAUGAUGACGAUCCCGACACAGAGCUGUAUUUGACACAGCCCUUCGCCUGUGGAACUGCGUUCGCUGUCAGCGUGCUAGACUCCCUAAUGAGCGCGACAUACUUCAAUGAUAAUAUCCUCACGUUGAUACGGACGUUAGUAACAGGGGGAGCUACUCCUGAGCUGGAGGCCCUUCUGGCGGAAGAGAAUGCCCUGCGAGGUGGCUAUAGCACUCCACAGACGCUUGCGAACAGGGACAGGUGUCGGGUUGCACAGCUAGCACUGUACGACGGUCCCUUUGCCGACUUGGGGGAUGGUGGCUGCUAUGGUGACCUGUUUUGUAAAGCAUUGAAAACAUAUAAUAUGUUGUGCUUUGGAAUUUAUCGAUUAAGAGAUGCACAUCUCAGUACACCGAGUCAGUGUACAAAACGAUAUGUUAUCACAAACCCCCCUUACGAGUUCGAGCUGGUCCCCACGGAUCUCAUCUUCUGUCUGAUGCAGUUCGACCACAACGCGGGCCAGUCCCGGACCAGCUUGUCCCACUCCUCCCAUUCCUCGCACUCUUCCAGCAAGAAGAGCUCCUCCGUUCACUCAAUCCCCGCCACCAACAGGCAGAACCGCAGCAAGGCCAGGGACUCGCGGGAGAGGCAGAAUGCAACAAGGAUGAAUAGAAUGGGCCAAGAAAAGAAAUGGUUUACAGAUGAACCUGAAAAUGCCUAUCCGAGGAACAUUCAAAUCAAGCCCAUGAGCACGCACAUGGUCAAUCAAGUUAAUCAAUAUAAAUCUACAAGCAGCCUGAUUCCACCAAUCAGAGAAGUUGAAGAUGAAUGCUGAGGUGGAAAGCUGGGACAUUCUCUUGGAAAGAUGGUAGUGAUGAGAUGCAGCAUUGUUCCUACCUUAUUUGUUGUACAUCUGACCAAGGAUUGAGGAGUUAACAGUUGACCAGAAACUAGAGGGGACCCUCUUAUCUGUAAACCUUUAAUGUUACUUCCAUGCUUUUGGACAAUGUUUUAUUUAUAAAUAUAUAUAUAUAAAAUAUAAAUAUAUAUAAAGACAAUCAAAUAAGCAUUGUACAGCCCCUAGCACUUUUAAAAUUAUUUUUGUCAUUAGUAGACAGAAAAAUGAAAUUUACUUCCACUAAUGUUUUGCAAUAGUACACCUUUCAUGUGGCCAGACUCCAUGUUUCCCUAUUUGUUGGAGAAUGAGGGUCACUAAAGCAAGAAUAACAAUGAAAGUUUCCAAAGAAUGCCACAAUUUACAUGUUAAUUAAAUGCUUUUUUGUUUAAUAUUGCAAAUCCCAUUUCUACUUCUUUUGACUAUUUGCACUAAAUAAAAUCAUUUUUUUAACUAAAUACAAACAAGCAGAUGUGCCCUGAAACAGUGAAGUCCUGGUGAAAGAGUCAGCAUCUCCUCAUUAGAGGGUAGGGGAGACCCAGAGUAAGGAUUAUAUAGUUGUGCUUUAUUGGUAAGGUAGUAAACUAGAGGACUGCAUAUAAUCUGAUAGGCAUAUACUGCCAACCCCUGGUAUAAUAAUCUGUAUACAUGCAUUCCCAGAUUUUACAAAAAUAAACAUAAAUUGGUAACAAUUUUUGAUUAGAAAUGUCAAUCUAUUGAUUGAAUCACAGCUAGAGAGAAGUGAUCAAUACCAGACCUGUCCUCUCAAUGCCUGGGUGUGAACUGCACUAUAUGCAGUAUAGAUUUGAAUUCUCUUUCAGUCAACAUGUGGCUUCUUGUCAAGGUAGGACUCCACAUCUGGCCCAUGCACAAAUGUCCUUUGUAUUGGCGAUUCAAGUGUAGUACCACACCCUGUAUAUUUCCAUCUCAGUUGUGUGUGGGUUUGGAAAACAUUUUCGUACAACCCUAACCCCUCCAGUGUGCAGGACACCAAUGCAUUUCACUACUUUGACAUGAGAGCCUCAAGCUCAUCUGCAGUUCAAUCUCCUUGGAAAUAAAGAGUUUUCCUGUUUAUAGUUUUAGCUCUCACCCAGGCAUGCAGGACAAUCCAGACAGACAACAGGUCUAUCUAGGUCUAGACUGGCAAUAUAGGAUCUAAUAAACACUGGCUGUUGGAAACAAUUUUCUAGCUAAAUACCCAAUAUGGUUGAACUGUUCAAACUAAAACUUAAAUCUUAAGAAGAGAACUGUAAAAAUGAGAAGCAGCCAUUAAGUAAACAUGGAGCAUAUGAUGCAAUUAAAUGUCAAGAGUUGAGAAUGAAAAAAACGCCAUACUAAAGAAUGCCAGAAAUCUUUAAGAGACUGCUGUUUCCAAGGGAUACAAAUAAAUGUGCCACGUAUUGCUUUCAGUGGGCAUCUAUGGGUCUUUCCUUGGCCAUAACCACUGCUUGGUACAGUGUUGGCAUGGAGGCAGUUAGCACUUGGAUGUUCUUCAUGACCAAUUAUGAUGCCAUAGCCUACAUGGGCAAAUGUACCUGCCUGCUAGCUAUUCCAGAAGCAGUACAACCAUAUUUGGAGAACUAGAACCAAUUGUCAUGAUAAGUACCAGGGAAUGCAAGGUGCAGAUUAUUUUGCUAGAAUCUGGUGUUUUGCCACAUAUGCUUUCCCAGGUUAAUACAAUUCAUGCAGGUCACCCUCUCGGUAGCAGAGUCCUGAUGUCAAGAAUGCGGUAUACGGUUGAAGUGUUCAGAUGUUCAUCCGAAUACAAACGUUAGGAAUUGUUUGGAAAGUUUUUACAUGUCUGUCCUUAUUUUAUAUCCAUAUCACCACAGAUUUCAAUUUUGUAUUUCUUUUUGUUUUCAUAAGAUCUCUUAAACUUACAGGCUACCAAAAGAAGUUAUACUAAAACCACACAUAAAACUAAAUAGACGGAGGGGCAUUCAGAAGGCAGCAAUCGCCACUGGAUCCAGUUCUCGUCUGUUGAGUUUUUAAUGCUUCUCUGUACCAAUUCCAAUAAUCAGAUGGAUGCAGUUUCACCAUGACAGACAGAUUUGACCUCAAGAUCCUUUUUCCCCCCUAAGCUAUCUAAAUAUUUAACAAUCUACUGCAAAAAAGAAAUAUAGAUAUCUCGGUAGAUACAUCCUACAAUCUGUUAAGUAGUUGCAAUUCAAAGAACUAUACAGUACGAUUUGGUUUUGAGUGCUGCUUAAGCUAACAUGGGCUGCUUUUAUAUUCUGCAAAAAUAUUCUUUAUUGGCAAGUAAAAAUUCAAAUAUAUAUAUAUAUGAAUGAGAUUACAUAUUUGAUUAAGUAUACAGUAAUAUGACACCAAGUUUAAAAUGAUGUAACCCAGACAAAAUCAUGACGUGUGCAUGCAGAUGAAACAAAAAUGAUUUAAGAUGUCUGCAACUACUCUUUUUUUGUUACAAGAGUAGAAUUCAAUUAUUUCAUUAUGGAUAUUUGACCUAAAUUAGGUCUCAUUAAAGGAAGAACACACUUAAACAUUACCAUUUGCAUAUACAUAUAUAUAUUGCUCCACAAAGAAGAAGCAGAUCCUGCCACAGAGAAACCAUUAGAGUACCCCAGGGUCAGAAGCAGUUAAAAAAUCAUUAAGAAAUUUAUUGCAAUCUUUCCAUCAUUGGAUAAAGGAAAAUACAUAGCAGGUUAAUACGCUGUGUAAAAUCUGUCCAUUCUGGAUCACAAUUUUUAAGCAAAACUAUCUCAGCUUUAAUGUCUGUCUACUGGAUGCGGUAUGACUAUUUCAAUACUGUAACCACAUAGGCUUUGUUCUGGAGUGAAUUUUUGAAUUGUGAUUACAUUGUUGUUACAUUUUGUAGCAAGUAGAGUUAUAUAAAAAUGUGAAUAUAAUGUAUGUAUAAUUGGAUUGUUGAUAAUAUACUUGCUAGCCUGAAGAGUCAACAAUUUAAAAACUGUUUCCCACUUUAUGUCUGAAAAAAAACAAUCAUUGGAAGCAAAGCUUUUCAUUUACAAUAUACUUUUAGUUGACUUAAUUUUUACUUGUAAUCCUUUUCCUGUAAUGAAAUUCGGUAGAAAGCAUCAAAGAGAAAUAUUUUCAUUUCGAGGCUGUUAUGACAAAACAGGCCAAUACAGAGAAUGACGUUAAAAGGGUAACUAGUUUUGUACAGCUAAGUACUUCACUGUUUACAUUCCAUUUGGUCUAUUAUUCAUUUCAAAGUGACAUAAUAUUCACAUAUCGUGAUGUUUAGAACAGUUUCAUUUGUUUUUAUUAAUUUUAAGAAGGAUCCUGAGAUUUAGAAUCUCUCUAAUUUUUGCAAUUUUAAAAAGGUAAUAAUAUAACAAAAACAGCAACAUUCCAACUGGAACGUCUGAAAAAAAUAAAGAAAACAAUUACGUGUUUUUUAUUUCUUUUAUAGUAAGUCACCUACACCAUUUUCAGUGACACCCUAACAAAGGGUUUGCUGCGUUUAAAACGAAUAUGAUCUGGCUCAUUUGAUUUUCUGAUGCAAGUCUCCCAUUGUGGCUGAAAGUCAUCAGUGUGCACAUGCACAGACGUCAUGUUGGCGACGUGACCAGCCAGACACAUCCGUUUCACACAAGUGGUAAGGGAGGUUUUAUUUUCUUUUUGCAAUAAUUUCCUAUGUUAACAUAUUUGGCACGGGACAUUGGCUGGGGGAAAUGUGUUUACUGUACCUCAGCAAUGUUUCCUGAAAGUGUUGAGUCUUCACACAGUACAACCCCUCCGGAGAAAUGGAAUAGGCCAUUUUCUCCCAACAUUCACACAAGUUGCCCCUGACGUACCUCAGGAUGGUGACAGUUGCCAUGAAGAGUGCUUCAUCUAGAAUUCCAGAACAUGCACCCUCAACAGAGCAAAGGCAUUAUGGCAUCAUAAAACUGGCAUAGAGAACAUCCAAGCCUGAACUGCCUCUAUGCCAAUUCUGUACCAGGCAGUGUUUGAGGCAAAGGGAAGAUCAAAGAAGACCCACUAUAGCAAAAAGUGGCUUCAUGAGAGAUUUAGUGGUCCUGCUGAAAAAAUGUUUACCGUUCAACAGUGUUUAAUACAAGUUUAUUUUCAGUUUCCAGAUUGGAUAUUGUAUGAGGAAAAAUGGCUGGUUCUCAUUUCUGCUAAGGGACUUGACCUUUGGAUAUGAGGCUUUAAAAGCUUUAACAAUUUUUAGACAGCAAAAAUUAAAUAACACGAUUAGAUGCUUCAUGGCAAAUUACCACACUCGCAUGUGACAUUCUCUUCAUGAAUAAUGUUACAAUCAAGUUCUCAAUUUUAUUAUAUGUUUUUAUUUUAUCAUCAACAUUCACCUGCACUUUUUUUCUGUAAAAUAUUCAGAAGUCAUUGUUUGAAGAGCUACACUCUGAACUUAUGUCCUUCCACUCAUUUUAUCACCAAAAAAUAAACACAUCUUUCACAAUCUACUCUACAGGCCUUGGUUCUGUGCACUGCUUCCGUUUUGCACACUGUGAGGCUUCUUGCUGUAUUAACAUCAUUGCAAACAACACUGUCCUUUGAUAUAUGGAUGGACAGGCUGGUAGAUUUUGAACACAAAACCUUUGGGGGGUAAAUACAGUAAAAGUCUUAAGCAAACUGAUAUUGCACCUCUGGGGCAAUUUUAGGCUAAAACAAAAUAAAAUGCAAACCACAUUACACUCGGCCCUCUUGGUAAAACAGUUCUUGAUUUUACACAAUACAAAGAAUUCCGUGACUCAUGUUCAUUACAGGAAAAGGAACUGUAACAUAACCGUAUCAUUUAUUUUGUUUGGUUUAAGCGAAAGGAUAAUGGGAGAAACUGAUGGUGCUGCGAUGAUCUACCUGACUCUGUCAUAUAUGAUAUCCAGUGAUAAAUAUAUUGUCUUGUACAAAAAGUUUGUACAUAAAUUGUACAUGGUUUCAUUUUGUAUUUUCUCAAAUUAAAAUUGAUGUAUUUGUGUUCUAA